GCCCAGGCGCCGCCCUUUGGCGGACGGACUGACGGAGGAGCGCGGAGCCGAGACAGCAACCACGUUAGCAGUAACGAUGUCAGCGUUGCCGCCCGCAAUGCUCUGCUGUUUCCAGAGACCGCUGCCCAAGUUUCUGAGUGAGAAGUUCUCUCAUAAGUCUCUAAAGGUUAGACAUUGUUGUCUUGGGAAACACAAGUAUCUAGUACCCAGAAAUACAACUGUCAUUGUCCAGAACACAAGUCAGAAUUAAAUUGAUAUUGUGACUCAGAGUGUGGGGUUAUGGCUACAACUCUGGGCACACAAGUCCAGGCCUCAGUGGAACCAGAGGGACUCCUGAUAGUAAAGGUGGAGGAAGAUUCCUCCUGGGAGCAGGGAGCUUCUCAACUGAAGGAAGACACCGACUCAGAAAUCUUCCGUCAGCGUUUUAGGCAGUUCCAUUACAGAGAGGCAGAUGGGCCUCACGAAGCUUUCAGACAACUGUGGGAACUCUGUUGUCAGUGGCUGAGACCCGAGACCCGUACAAAGGAACAGAUUCUGGAGCUGCUGGUGCUGGAGCAGUUCCUGACUGUCCUUCCCGGAGGCAUCCAGGGUUGGGUGAGAGAUCGGUGCCCAAUGAGUGGGGAGGAAGCUGUAGCCAUGGUGGAGAACCUACAGAAACAUCCCAGAAACCCACUCCAGCAGGAAGAGCCCUCAGAGGAGAUGGAGACUCAGGGAGGAAGACGGGGCUCCUCAGGCCCCACACUGGCACAGGGGGAGAUCCAGACCAAGGGGGUAUCUCAAGAAGAAGGGGCAUGGAACCGAAACCCGGAUACAGAACCCCAGGAACAGAGGAGUCGUGGCUCUCAACCUGCUUCUCGGCUUCCUGCCCUUCUAAAGGAAGGGAGCACCAGAGAGAUGGUAGAUGCUUUCUUUUCUUCUGGGACCCAUGGACCGAUGACAUUUGGAGAUGUGCCCUUUUAUCUCUCUCGAGAAGAAUGGGGGUGUCUGAAUCCUACUCAGAGGGACCUCUUCUGGGAUAUAAAACGGGAGAACUUCCGCAAUAUCUCUCAGGGUUUGGGGAUCAAGAGCCAGAAUGAGAAAGCUUCGUCCCAGCCUAGUUUGAAAGAAGUGGAGACAUUGCCUGGCAGAUCUGCAGGUGAUUUGCCCUGGAGCACUGAGGAAGGUGAAGUCUGGGAAAGUGAGACUCGACCUGAGAGAGAGCUGGGGCAAGAGCGCCCCAUCGGGGUAAGGAGAGGUCGCCCUCCCACACGCCAGAGACAGUUCCGAGACUUGGCAACCGAGAAACCUCACAGCUGCCAGCAGUGUGGGAAGCGCUUCCGUUGGGGGUCAGACCUGUCACGGCACCAGCGUACACACACAGGUGAGAAACCUCACAAGUGCCAGGAAUGCGAGAAGAGUUUCCGUAGCUCCUCAGACCUUGUUCGCCACCAAGGUGUCCACACAGGUGAGAAACCUUUCACCUGCGCUGAUUGUGGCAAGAGCUUCAGCCGAAGUGCAUACCUCACUGAUCAUCAGCGUAUCCACACCGGUGAGAAGCCUUAUGAGUGCACUGAAUGUGGCAAGAGCUUCUCUCUCCGCUCCUACCUGCUGGACCACCGUCGAGUGCACACUGGUGAGCGUCCCUUUGGCUGCAGUGAAUGUGACAAGAGCUUCAAGCAGCGGGCACACCUCAUUGCCCACCAGAGCCUUCAUGCAAAGAUGGCACAGUCAGUGGGAUAACCAUGGGUCUCUCCAUGGAGGGGGAAUCUCCAGGUAGAAAGGAGAUUCUGAAGGAAGGCAACAAAAGAUUUCUUUGACCUCCCAGUGUCGAUGCUGGGGCCCAUGGCCCAUGGCCUGUCUGAGCACACACCAAAAUAUCUGGACAUUUCCCUUUCCAAUUGAAGGUCAUUCUUUUCCCCUUAGGACAUCAUGAGGAUCUCCUCAUCCUUCAUUUCCCUGAUGGUUAUGUUGCAACUCCUAACACCCAUCUAUAAUAAAUAACUGCUUCAGUCAAACAAAGAAAACUUGACUUUCACAAGAAACUACUAUUUCCUUGGUCCCUUUAAAAUUCAACUUCAGAAGUAGUUGUGGGACAUAUACGUCUAUCCAAAUUCUCCCAAACCAAGAAAAUAAUUUUACUAUCUUUAAAAUUUUGUUUAUUUUUCCUUUCUCUUUUGUUUUAUGUUCUUUUCCAUCUUCCUCCCUGGAGCCUGGGGAUAUGUACUAGUUUGAAGGGAUAAGGACAUACAGAGAAAUGCAGGGAAAUUGAGACAGCUCCCUUACCUCUCCAUGCUUAGUACAUUUUGCAGAGAACUGCCUCCCAUACCUUUUUGCCCUUCUGUGGCUAUCUUUUGUAUCCCCCUUAAGUUCUCCAUAUCUUUCCCAAGUGAUUAAGAGUCCAUGAGUUCUCUAGUAGAGUCAUCCUUGCUCCAUAGAGGGGGAGGAAAGUACACUCUAAUUGACAUUCCCAGGAUUUUACUAGCCAUGAACUUACUUUUAGAGUGUAUUGAAAUUGUAGGAAUUUUAGUUUCAUUCUUCAGAACAUUCCUGUUGCUUACUUGCUAGAUGAUCUGAAAGAAUUCCUUUCCCCUCUGGCAGUUUUUUGAUCUGUAAAAUGAGAGGGUUAGAUCUGAUAUUUUUUUUUUUUUUUUUUUUGUAAAAGGUCU